AUGGCAACAUCAAGGCGACACGUGUGCCUUCUCCUGUGCCUCAUGCUCAUAGGCGCGAUGCAGGCGGACGCGAAGUACAUCGUGGUGGGGAAGGGCUUCGGGUCGUUGUUCGGGCAGGUGUUCAGCCCGUGGACGUUCGGCGUCAGCAAGUGGAAGGCGCCCAAAGUCUACGCCGGCGACCAGCUUGUUUUCCGGUGGAUGAUGCCUCACAACGUGGUAAUGUUUAGCGACGGCGCGAGCUACUCCGUGUGCGACUUCACGCUUGCAAGGACCCUUAGCUACGCGUCGUACGUCGGCUUUUACUCGUACACAGUGAGGGACGGCGACAAGGGCCAGACGCUCUACUUCGGAAGCUCCGUCUCGUCCGACUGCAAGAGGAACCUCAAAGCACAGGUUCCGGUGCAACUGUUCUAG